AAUUAUACAAACCGGUUCAAAUUAUCACACAGUCAUGUCAUACUUUUUAUAAUGUCAAACUUUGUUUAAUGGAGAUGUUUUCAAGUAUUUGGUGCUAAGAAUAAGCCUAAUAACAUAUUGACAGGAAUCAAAUAGGAAGGUGACCAAGACAUCCACGAGAGUUUGAAUUUUAGACAUUUCCCGAGUCUACAUGUCUAAGGAAACGGUUUGUAAACUUUGAAUUUUAUUUAGUAUUUUUAUUUCGAUAGCCGGAAGUAAGGAAUUUUAUAGAAGGAAUUCACAGACCAAUGUGUGUUCAAUGGUGUUGUGUCGUGAUUUGAAACCAGAUGUAUUCUCAUCCAAAAAAUGACUUCCAUGUUUACUGCUUCAUCUGAUUAAAACCACUUUACAUUUGUGGAAAACGACGAAGAUUUUAAUGGAGAAAACGAAACUUGAACUUGAUGUACGAGACUAACAGCUCAGCAGAGACUACGGGAUAGAAUAGGAAUUUAAACAACUGGAUGUAAAAAACAAAACUGUAAUCUAGUGGGAGAUUGUAUUUAUGGAUGUAAAAAAACUGUAAUCCAGUGGCGAUUGUAUUCAUUAAUGUAAAAGAAAACUGUAAUCCAGUGGCAAUUGUAUUCAAGGAUUAGUUAAUACCUGAUACACACCUUGUCAUAACCAGUGUGUCAAGAUUCCCGCGGAAUGUGACUAUAAAACGAACUGAAUCUCGUGACCCAACUAGUCUGCGAAUACACCCUAUGUGUAAGCAGACGUUAAGCUAAAAAAGAACAAAAAUCGGAUUAAAUUCGCAAUAUAUAUGUGUCGUGAAUAACGCGUCUUAAAUCGGGCGUGGACCGACAUAUUCUAUUCAUAUAGUAUUUAUAGAUAUUGUCACACACAAGUAUUAACACAGAAUAGCACGGAGAUUAUGUAAAUUUCUAAAAAUACAAGUAGUAUAUGUUGAUGUAUGUUUGGGUAUCGUUAUAGCAACAACUUCUUUUAAAAAAAUCUGUCUUAAGGAAUCCAAAGAUGAAAAUAAAACAAUAGUCAAGCUUCAGUUAUCUUGCUUGUCAACCAGCAUCAAUAUUGAUUCCUAACAAAAUAUACUUAUUUAUCGGUUUGAAGGUUACUUUCGUCCAUUAUCUGUUUCUAGUACCUGAGGCUUGUUUCGUAGUUCAGACAUCAAUAACGGAAAGCAGAGAAAUAAACAGAGAACUCUGAAAGGUUUAUCGAUAUUAUAGGAAUGUCGGUAGAGAAAUGUACAGUGGCUAAUUAGAUUAACAAACAAUUAGAUCAUAUGUUGAUUUUAUUAUUAUUCAAAACUACCUAAGUGCUUGUAGAAAUUAUUUUCUGGUUCUAAUUGUAGCUAUACGGCAAUUCUGUGUUAUUAUCUGAAACUGUUGUGGGAUGACCAUUUUAAAAUAACGGAGUAUUGUGAAGAAAGAAUUACCGUUAUUUCUAAAUCUCUAAGCUUGUGGAUGACGUAGAAUCAGGAUUUAAUUUAAUUGUGUGCCUUAAAAGUGAACCAUGUGUUUGUCUGUGACGGGAGUUAUCGGCCUUGUGCUGACCACCAUGUUACUGCACGUGCCUUUAAGCGAUUGCCAAAACUGUGAUGCUAAUAAAGAUGCAGUGCCUGUGUGUAGUGGUUUAACUAAAUCAGGACGAUUCGCGUAUCUAUCGGGUAUUGAAGAUGGUGAUAAUACAACCGAAUGUUUCUGUUCGUUUAGUAUCGAUAACUCUAACGUAGACAACGAUCUAGGUGAUGUCGCUAUUAAUAAUGUAACAAUACCAUCAACUAACUGUGACUUUUAUUUAGCCUCAAAAUACAAAGACGCUACAGGGACGUUAUAUUCUUGUCAGGAUAAUACUAAUCUCAAAUCCUAUACCCUGAAUCCUUCAGAAACCGUGGAAAUAGGUAUUGCUAAGAUCAGCAAUAAUGGCAAUGGUUUUAAAUUUUGUUUAGAGUUUGAAAGCUCCCGAGGUUCCAGCGUUCAGCUAAAUUGUGAAACAUUCAUAUCGUUUCUAAUCCCACCAACUACUACUAAAGCUACCACGACGACUUUAUUUCCUCCGUCAACAAGCGCCGGAUCAACAGCCGCUACAUCAACCUCCACCACUUUAGACGAAACAACAGCAGCCACGACAAUAGCUGCAACGACCGAAAGUGCUGAUCAGACAACAGCAGCCACGACAAUAGCUGCAACGACCGGAAGUGCUGAUCAGACAACAGCGGCCACAACAAUAACUGCAACGACCGGAAGUGCUGACCAAACAACAGGGAGUACUAGCAAUGUCAAUGGCGGGGGCGAUGAAACCACAACUUCUAGUAAUAAUAAUGGAGGCGAAACGACUUCUAGUAGCAAUAAUGGAGGUGGUGGUACCACUUCUUCCAAUAAUAAUGGCGGGGGAGAGACUACGGCUAAUAAUAACAAUGGCGAAGAUCCAGAUACAGAACUUGGUAUAAUUAUUGGAUUUGUAGUGGUUUUAAUUAUCCUGAUUAUAAUUAUUAUAAUUGUUGCAAUUUUUUAUAUGAAACGAAAGAAUAGUAGGAGGAAUCGAGUUGAUAUAACACCGCCAACACCAAAAACACCCAAAAAAUAAUAAUAAAUUUAUGUUAUGUUAAAUCUAGUGAGAUGAUCAGAUUAAAUAAAGUGCUUUAACUUGUCAAAACACAGCAUCUAAAAGAGCUUACACCAAACUUUCUGCUUUCAUGACUUUCUUGCGAUGGUCGGAUGAAAUUCAGUGCGCGACCAGUGUAUCGAUCACAUUCCUUUGAAAAUUCAAUCAGGUGCAAGCUUGAUAAUCACGACUUCGUGAUAUUGAGUGCGAAACUAAACAUAACAAAGUGACAUUCAGUACGGGACCAGUUUACUAAAUACCACAACGUGAAAAUUAGUUCGGGACCAGUUUACUGUACAUUACAAAGUGUAAUGAAGCGCGGUACUAGUUUUCCGAUCAUUACAAAGUGAAAUUCAGUGCGGGACCAGUUUACUAAAUACGACGAAGUGAAAUUCAGUGUGGGGCUAGCUUACUAAACAUGACUAAUUUGCUAUACAUGAUGAUGUGACCAUAAUAAUAGUACACAGGACGCUAGGAUUAACUAAAUAUACCAGUUUAAAACCAAGUAAACACAGUGGACCGUGUCGUGAACUGUGUCGUUAACCGUGAACAGUGCCAUGAACUGUGCCAUGAACUGUGCCAUGAACCGUGCGAAAUGUUUCAACGAAACCUUAAAAGUAGGAAGAAAGGGAAACAACUUUCAUUAUAAACAAAUGUGUGGAUACAGCACGUGCCAUGACUAAGCGAAUUGUCAAAUAAUUAAGCAACCGGUGUUCUACAAAGCGAAUGCACACCCUGUCACGUUGACGACACCCGCCACUACUGAUUAGUCAUCAUUAAUUGGAUUCAAAGAAAAUGACUGAACAUGACACACACACACACACACACACGUGCCAAUUUAAUAUUAGCCUGUUUGACACAUACAGUUGGAAUAAAUUCCUGGACGAUAUGUUAGACCAAAGACUUGAUGGACGAUAGGCUAGACCAAAGACUUGAUGGACGAUAGACUAGACCAAAGAUGCGGGGGAACAUAGAUGAUAGAAACGUUCACGUCGAUUAUAAAGUUGUGGAGGUAGUAUAUCUGGACGAGGGAAGCGAGGCACCAAAACCUUGUUCCUAUAUGAUCUCCAUAGUGUACAUGUUUCUAUUAGUUAACGAUAUACUAUGUAACCAUAGACAAUGGUAACUAUAGCCAAUUAAAACCACAGAGUUACUAUGUAAAUAUGUAUAAAUAUACUAUACUGUCCAUCUUUAUACAAUAACAUUAUUUAUGAAUAGUCCCAAGAUGGACGAAAAGUACUUUAAAAUGUUAAAAUUUUAUUAAACCAGUGUUGAAAUCAGUUUGUUUCGGCAUACCUUUUUUAUCUUUUCAUCAUUUACCGUGAAACAAAGUAGUGCAGCUUUGCGGUU